AUGAUCACCCUACUGCGACUGAGCAUACCUGCAAUACUCUGUGCGCGGGUCGUGGACGCGCGAUGGUUCACCGUCAUGAACAACUGUCCCUUCACAAUAUGGUGCAUGUUUACGGACCUUUCAGCGGGCACCGCGGUGCCGCUGUUUGCCACUGGGUGGGAAGCCGCAGCUUUCACGUCCGUGGGGUUCGCCGUGCCUGACAAUUGGAAAGCGGGCAGGAUAUGGGGCCGGAGGGACUGUGACUUCACGAUCACGACUGGCCCGACAUGCUUGGAUGGAUGGUGUAACGGAGGGCUGCUCUGCGACCCCACUACCGGAACGGGCGUCCCUCCGGCCUCUGUGGCGGAGUGGACUCUCCAGGGCGAUGGGAACCUCGAUUUCUACGAUGUUUCCCUUGUGGACGGCUACAAUUUACCUAUGGCCAUUACGAACAACGUCAAUUGCCCUGUAGCAGACUGUCUGGUAGACCUUGGCCCCGGAUGCCCUGAUCCGCUCAAAGGACCGUUCGAUUCGACUGGGUUCCCAGUCGGAUGCCAGAGUGCGUGUGCUGCAAACAUAGACGGAAAUCCGACCGACUCCGCCAACUGCUGCUCCGGAAGUCACAGCACACCGGAGACGUGCCCGCCUUCAGGGGUGCAGUUCUACGACUAUUUCAAGGGGAACUGUCCCAACGCUUACGCAUAUGCUUUCGACGAAUCCAGCGGCACCGCUCUAUGGACGUGCGAUUCCGGCUUGAACGCAGAUUACACGUUGACAUUCUGCCCGUAA